AUGUCAUCACACGUGGCUUCAGAGUGCCUCGAUGUGCCUAUCGUUCCAGGUACUGCUUCCAGCCAGAUAGACACCUCUCCGCUCUGGGCCGGUGUCGGUCCCGAGGUGUGGAAUUUUGACUAUGAUCAACCUUUUGGGCCAUUAUCGCAACCCGGCUCCUCUGAUAGCUGUCCACCAAUGCCGGUUGAGGAAUUCUUCAUAGAUUCUGAUCCUACCUAUGACGAUUUGCCUGCAACCGAAGACCCAGUGUUGCAUAUAUCGAACUGGCUCAGUCAAGAAUACUCAAGUGAUGAUGAACCUCGGACUCUACCACAAUCCUUCCAGGGUCAGGACAGUCCCACAGAUUUUCUUGCCCUUGAGAGAGUCCGCACUGCGAGCCUUCAUGUGGCAGACAGCGAGGCAACGACUUACCAACCGCAAAAACGAUUCUCCACCGCUUCGAUUCGAGUUCUUAACAGAUGGCUUUCGUCUCAUAUCAACCGCCCUUAUCCUACUGUUGGAGAUGUCGAGAUCAUGCAAAGGCAAUCAGGUCUUAACAAGAAGCAGAUUUUGACUUGGUUCGCUAAUGCCCGGAGGAGGAAGAAACUCUGGACACCGGUCUCCCCAUCAAAAAUCCGAUUGCCUUCGGAUGCGGCACCCCGGGAGAAUUCACAUGCUAGACCACCAACACCGAUCGCUCAGCAGAUGGACCCUUUCGAGCGGUGGAGAAACUCGCCUCCAGAGCAUGAGCCUGCUAGUGUUCCUGCUAUCGCGCGCGCGCUGCUGGGUGCUUCGAAAGAUCUUGAAGCAUCGCCAGACAGUACGCUAGAAGAUGGGCUAUCACAUAGCAUCUCUUCCUCGAUCACCGGGGCGGAGACCUCUCACUCAAGCCAAAGCUCUCACGCCUCGGGAUACUCUCAUUCAUCGGGAGGCUCAGUCAGAUUAUCUGGGUUUACCAGAAAAAAGAAGCGGCGGGCGUUUGUCGCGAAGAAAAUCAAACCUCGAGAAGCAUUGAUGAAGGCUUGUCACCCAUACCAGUGUACUUUCUGCACAGAAACAUUCAAGACAAAACACACAUGGCAGAGACAUGAGAAGUCGCUUCACCUGUCUCUUGAGCAGUGGGAGUGCGCUCCAACCGGUUCACCUACUGUUCAUACACAAUCGGGGCUGGUUUGUGUCUACUGUGGCCUGGAAGAUCCGGAGGAAACCCACUUCGAUACACAUAAUCACAAUGCUUGCCAGAAACGACUGAAGGAGGAGCGAAUAUUCUCUCGGAAAGAUCAUCUAGGACAACACCUUAGACUUGUUCACAACUCUGAAUUUAUGAAGGGCUUGAUGGAAGAGUGGAGAUCAAUGUAUGAGCAAAUACGCUCCCGAUGUGGGUUUUGUGACCUCGAGAUGGAUACUUGGACCGAAAGAGCCAGCCAUCUAGCUGAACAUUUCAAGGAAGGGAGCACAAUGGCUGAUUGGAAGGGAAGUUGGGGCUUUGAUGAAGCUACGCUCGAUGUUGUUGAAAACGGUAUACAACCUUAUCUAAUCGAAUAUGAGCGCAACUCGCCGCUACCAUUUACGACACAGCAAGGCACGCCGUAUAGUCCAGGGAGCGCUUUCGAGCUCAUCGAGGUUGAACUGGAUUAUUUCUUCACAAAUUAUACCGAGACCACUCAUUGUGAGCCCUCAGCAGGAAUAUUACACUACGAAGCGUGUUGUAUUAUCUUCGGGGCUGAAAUUCUCAACCAGGAAUCUGCAUCACGCCCGCCUUCUUGGUUACGUGAUUUAUUAACAUCAUCAGAAGAGAUCACCAAGAAGGCGAAAAUGAGACCUAUGAAAAGCGCGGCCAGGUCUCGAAUCACACCACUGAAAAUCAAUGGCAAAAAACACAUCUUUGAAGACUGUAAACUAGAGGCUUCUCUCCAUGAAUAUGUCAGAGAGCUACAGGAAUUCGGCGUGGAUCCUGACGACAGUGCACUUCAGCAACAGGCUUGUAUUAUUAUCAAAGACAUGUCCGGUCCGUCGCAAGUUCUCAGCAAACUGUUGAAAGGUCUAUUAUAUGGUUCGACACUCUGGCUGGCUCAGUUUCGUCUCCGUGUGGGCCUCGGUCCGACAACAUCAGUCCCUCUCCCACCAAUGUCUAUAGCGAUGCCUGCAGUUGAAGUGGAGCGAGGUCACACAAUUAAUGAUGGCAACGUGUAUAGAGGCCUCUGGCGUCGUCUAAGUCGGUUUGUUCUCAACUCUAUGUCUCCCUUUAACCCCAAUAGCCAUACACCAUCAGAUGAAGAACUCCAGUAUCAAGCACGAUGGAUCAUUUAUGACAGGCAAGUCAAAGAGAUCUGCUCAAUGGGUAUUGAUCGGCAUUUGCUAAUCUUUCUUCGGCUCAAGCGAUGA